AAGCCUCACGCGCACUGGCGGGCGGUGCAGUGAAAACCCCGGCGGUUUCAUGACGCUCAACAGAACGCAAGAGUGGGGGGCCGCAGAGGACGCAGAGACGCCAAAAACACGCGAGGAGAGUGAGGAUAAAUCGAGUAUACAGAUCUAGUUUUGUGGGUAAAGAAAAGCACAUCGACAGGAUACCAGUCGUUUAAUAACGCAUUAAGGAAAGUGUAAUAUAGACUGACAAAAACACAAGAGGAUAAAGAAGAAAAAAAAAGGAGGACCAGCCUGUUACUCCCUCUGGAAAACCCGCCACUGAAAGUGAAGAUAGAUAAAUCGAGGAUAAUUCUUAACAACCACAAUAACAACAACAAUAACAGUAACAGCAGCUACAACUACAAAAUUCGUAAGCAGCGAAAACAGUAGUACAAUAUAAAUAAUGACCUGACCGUAAGAUAUAAGUUUCCGACACAAACUCUACUCUAGGAUGACCGUGACCUGACCAGUCAAUUGUGAUGACAGACGGGACCAGAUACAGCCCCAUUCACACCUGACAACAACGGUAAUUACCUGUGGAGGCGCCACGCGCGGGAUUCGCUCCCGUAAAGCCCGGGUGUUCAGUUGUUGGAGCGGCAUACAGCACGGAAAGAAGCGGCGCUUUGUGUCUGAUUCAUCGAGGUUGUCUGGAAGUAGCUGCACAUCUCACCGGCACUUUCAAGUCCCACAAGAAAAGGCGACAACAGCACGCUGAGAAGACCACAGGGUUAUGAGGUGCUCCUGUUCUUGAUAACACACGAACGUUGAGCUUCAUAACACAGACACUGAGAUUCUACUGUUUUUCAUAACACAGACACUGAGAUUCUACUGUUUUUCAUAACACAGACGCUGAGAUUCUACUGUUUUUCAUAACACAGAUGCUGAGAUUCUUCUGUUCUUCACAACAUAGACGCUGGGAUUACAUUGUUCUUCAUGACACAGACGCUGAGUUUUUACUGUUUUUCAUAACACAGACGCUGAGUUUUUACUGUUUUUCAUAACACAGACGCUGAGAUUUUUCUGUUCUUUGUGUUGUUCUUCAUAACAUAGAGGCUGAGAUCAUCUCGUUCGUCAAAACACAGACGGUGAGAAUCUCCUAUUCUUCGCACACUGGACGCUGUGUUUCUCCUGCUUUUCAUUCAACAGACUCCAGUAAGACGCAAAGACACUUCUAUUUUUUGUAAUACAGCCGUUGAGACUACUGUUUUUCAUAACACAGACGCUGACAUUCUCCUGUACGCCUCGGAUAUUUUCGUGACGUCAGUUUCUAACACACAGAGUAGAGCUCUAUUUAUUGCACUGCCAAGAAAACAUCGUCAAUUUUCCAACUCGCGGCAAAAAUCUACAGCUUCCCCUGGCAAGCCACUCGGUUCACAAAAAGAGAGCCAGGCUAUGUGGCUGGGGGCACGGCGAUAGUGCUGACAUGUUGGGUAAAUAGACGCCACAGCGGCCCCAGACUCGAACCAAGGUGCUUUGGGAUAUUAUGGUGCCAGCUGUCCUGCCCAUUAUCCGAGGUCACGUCAAGAUGAGCGUGAGCAGCGAGCAGGAGGAGACUUACCUCCCCCCGGAACCGGAACCAGACCAAGGGGCGCUACUCAACAUUAGCCAGUCCCCCCACGGCCUCUAUGCGGACCCUUACUACGUCUGCGUACAUCAGCUGACCAGCGGCCCAGAAAUGGAGGCGGGCCACUACAUCCGCCUGAUCGUGUUCCCGCUCCUCCUCCUGUGCGGAAUCGUGGGGAACCUUCUGGCCUUCCCGGUCCUGUACAGCAUAGGUCGCUCCGCCUGGUCCACCGUGUGGUACCUCAUGCUGCUGGCACUGACAGACCUGGUCAUACUGCUGGUGCGCUGCGGUGACACGUGGUACUCCGAGGUGAUGGAGGAGAGCCUGAGCGCAAUGAUCACCGGCAGCUCAGACGCCGCCUGCAAGACCUACACCUUCGCCUUCAUGUUCAUCAAGCACCUGAGCCCCUGGCUCCUCGUGGCCGUGGCCGUAGAGAUGACCAUCGCCUCCCGGUGGCCGCGCCGGACGUACGUCAUGUGCUCCCUGGAGCGCGCCCGGAACGUGGUCAUGCUGCUGACCAUCCUGGUGGUGUGCCUGGACAUUAACCACUUCUGGACCUGGAGCAAGCCCCAGCCGGAGGUGGGCUGCAUGUACACAGAGGAGUUCUCCCAGAGCUUUAUGGCGUGGUACUGGCCCGUGCUGGACAACAUGACAGAGCUGUUCUUGCCGCUCGUGCUAGUCUCCGCCUGCUUCUUCCUGACCGCCACAGCCAUGAUCCGACGCACGGCAGCGGAGGAAAAAGCGGUGGCUACCGAGAUGUCAAAGUAUUUUCUCGAGCUCCCGACGCUGUGUGAUUUCCGGACGAUCUGUCUGGUCCUGUGUCUCGUGUUCAUGUGUCUGGCCACCUUCACCGCCACCCUCAACAUUACCGACUUCUUGUUCAUGCGCGGGUUCUUCAAGCUGGACUGUAAGGCCGUGGACCGCUUCAGCAACACCAUCACCCUGCUCAAGACGCUGGACAUGACCUUCACCUUUGCCUUCUACAGCUUCAAGAUAUUCCUCUACCUCGCCAUGAGCAAGACCUUCCGGGCGCGUCUACACAGCGGAUUCUUCAGUGCGCUGAGAGGGGUGCGGUCGGGGUGCUGCGGAGGCGGAUUUUGCCGCUUCUGGUGCGGAUACGACGUGUGUGCAGAGUGUCGUCCGGGCAGACGUGAGUGGACGCCCGUGCCCUCGACAUCCGCCGGGGGCUCCGGGGAGGAGGGGCUAAGGCCAUCGUCAUCCAAUCAAGGCAUCACGGAGGAGGAGCUGGGUGAUAGCUUCAUGAAUCAAGCCAAUGGGAGACACCCGUCUGAAGAACUGACGGGGGGCGUGGCGUCGGUGAAAAGACUUGAGGGAACCACAACGAUUCACGCGGGGAACAACGUGGAGCAAAUGGAAAGGUUGGACAUGGAUUACAUAGGAACCAAUGUGUAGGUGUGUGGCGUUUUUCAAAAUUUGAAUUGACCUUUGACAUCAAAUUGUGUUCUAAUGGAUUAAAACGACAUGGCUGCCCCUGAGCUGCUUCGAUCUACAGCGACGCAUCGGCGUCUGUGAAGUAAUCCUCAGACUCGGGGCCCUGGACGCAGAAGACGUGAGUUCCCACCCUACGAGGCGAGGAUAUUGUAUCGUAUAUAUCCAUCUUUCUCCUUGUUUUCGUAACAGUUUGCAGCACUUGCAACAUAGAUCACAGAAGAUUAGAGUUGUUAUAAAACAGUAACAAACACAAGAAAUAUGGAGAGAUAACGAUGUAAGAUGUUGGAUAGCAAAGAAGGAGCCAACCAUGUCAAAGAAUUCGCCAACAACUCACGAUCAUUCUUCUGGGAUGUUGGUCUACGAUACUCCAAACAACCUCGGAUGGCCCUGACAACCAGGGUCUGCCUCCUGCACGAGUCCUAUUGUGUUGUCGUGUCGACUGGGGCAUGAAACAUUCAAAUGGAAAAAAACGUACAACAGACAUAUACGCCUUUGCCACCGCGUACGCACGCGCACGCACGCACACACACACACACACACACACACACACACACACACACACACACACACACAAUUUCCUUGAAACGACGUGACUGCAUCAGUCCUACAAACAACACAAUGUCAACGGAAGUCCUCACGCGGAUACAGACCUUCCAGAAACAAAUUAACAAGCAAGAGUUCGAGUCACAAGAAUAAGGAACCUGCCGUUCUCUUUACAUGGCAGGCACCAUGGCAGCCACCAUGGCAGCCA